AUGUUCUUCAAUCAUGACAUCCUUGACCGGAAAACUGUUAUCCCUCCUACUAGCAGUGGCACGGGAAAUGAUAUUUAUGUAUGGGGAGGCACCACCACUGGCCUUUUCUCUAUUGCUUCUGCCUAUAAUGAGCUAAUAAAGAAGGAAGAAGAUAAUACUGAUGUGGAUUGGAAGGAAAUAUGGAAGAUUCAAGUGUCAAAGGAUUUGAAACUUAAUAUGGCUUCUUCAUCACAAUGGUCUGAAAACAGAACAUUUUUUAGCUCAAAGGUACAUUUGGAUUUAUGA